UUUAGUUCCUGAAUGUUGAUUCGAUUUUCAAUUAAAAAUUAUGGCCAUUUCUGAAAUAAGGUUUGGGUAUAAAGGUUUUAGGACUGUUCUCAGAUGUUGAAACUUUAUACUUUGAAGCAAGCCCGGAAAAUUAUACAUAUUUUAAACCCUGCUAUGGUGCUGUAAAAUCUGAACUAUCUUGAUUAUCUGUUUCCAAGUGUGGUCACCUUCUUUUAACGAGGAUGCAGUCAGAUGAACUCAUUGAUGCAAAUUGAAGCUUCUAAUGCGCAAUUCUCAUUGUUCUUGAUUUUGAAGUUAGAGUGAAGGAUCUAUAACAUGUCUGUGACACUCUUUAGGGGGAUACAAUUCUAUCCUCUUAAGCAAUACAAAUUCCCAUAUUUUUCUAGAAAACAUGCAACUUUGUAUUGUACUUUGGAAAGAACAGAAACCAAUACUACAACACAAGAAAAACAACAGACCAAGUUGAAAGGGUUGCCAAAAAAUCAAUCAAAAUCACUUGAUAACAUUUUGAAAGAUUAUGAAUCAAUCAUUGGUAUAGAAACCCAUGUGCAGGUUUCAACUCUUACAAAGGCUUUUUGUGGCUGCCCAUAUACUUACGGGGCUCCCCCAAAUACACACAUUUGCCCCAUUUGCAUGGGUUUACCUGGGGCCUUGCCAGUUUUAAACUCAAAGGUUAUAGAAUCUGCCAUUAAAGUUGGUCUUGCACUCAACUGUAAGCUUUCUCUGAGCUCAAAGUUUGAUAGGAAGCAGUACUUUUAUCCGGAUCUUCCAAAGGGAUACCAAAUAUCACAGUUUGAUAUACCUAUUGCAACUGGGGGUUAUCUUGAUCUAGAUCUGCCGGUUGAGUUUGGUGGGGGACAUAGGAGAUUUGGCAUUACAAGGGUUCACAUGGAAGAAGAUGCCGGCAAGCUGCUUCAUACUGAUGGUGGGAGUUAUUCUCAGGUUGACUUGAAUAGAGCAGGGGUGCCAUUACUUGAAAUUGUCUCUGAACCUGAUAUGAGAACUGGAAUUGAAGCUGCAGAGUAUGCUGCAGAGUUGCAACGAUUGGUAAGAUAUUUGGGAGUGAGUAACGGAAAUAUGCAAGAAGGGUCACUUCGUUGUGAUGUGAAUAUCUCUGUUCGUCCAAUUGGACAAUUAGAAUUUGGUACAAAGGUGGAAAUUAAGAAUUUGAACUCAUUCUCAUCGGUAAGUAGGGCUAUUGAUUUUGAGAUUUCAAGACAGGUGCUUCUUCAUAGCCAAGGCCAUAGUGAUCAAAUUGUACAAGAAACUCGUCUCUGGGAAGAAGGUUCUCAGAGGACAAUUACCAUGAGAAAAAAGGAAGGGCUUUCUGACUACCGUUAUUUCCCAGAGCCUGAUCUUCCAGGAGUUACUAUCACUCAAGACUAUGUUGACAGUGUUUGCAAUUCAUUGCCUGAACUUCCAGAGAUGAAACGGCGGAGGUACGAAAAAAUGGGAUUAAGCAUGCAAGAUGUUCUUUUUCUGACUAACGACUCUAAUGUUGCAGAGUUUUUCGAUGCAACAAUUGCUAGAGGUGCAGAUGUAAAACUUGCUACUAAUUGGAUGAUGGGUGACAUAGCUGCAUAUUUGAAAAAUGAAAAGUUAUCCAUCAAUGAGAUUAAACUUACUCCUCAAGAACUCAGUGAGCUUAUUUCUACAAUCAAAGAGGAGACUAUCAGUGGAAAGAUUGGGAAAGAGAUAUUGUUUGAGAUAUUGGCCAAGGGUGGAACUGUCAAGGGGAUGAUAAAAGAAAAGGAUUUGGUUCAGAUUGUAGAUCCUCAAGAGAUCGAGAAAAUGGUAGAUAAAGUGAUUGCUGACAAUCCAAAGCAACUAGAGCAAUACCGUGGGGGUAAAACUAAACUGCAAGGUUAUUUUGCUGGUCAGGUGAUGAAGGAAUCCAAAGGCAAGGCAAAUCCAAAGAUGUUGAACAAAAUCCUAUUAGAAAAGUUAAAUGCCAAAAGCUGACAUGGUGGGUUCAGGGUUCAGGGUUCAGAUACCAGUUACUUGAUAUGGUUAGAUGAUCAUAGCUGGUGAGUCGAUCAAUUUCCCAUUGUAUUGUUGUGAAGCAGCAAAACGGUGUUGGUUGCUUUAUAGAUUAGAUACUCUCUUGAGUCUUGAGAUGGAAGGAUUGUACAACUUACACUUUUCCUUUAGUUAGGAGAUAGCAAAGAAAGUCUAGGUUGAUAUUCUGAGUA